AUGCGCUCACUGUCUGCCCUCGUGGCUUUGGCUGUUAUAGGCUCGUUUAAACUUGCGGCGGCAAGCAAAUGCAAGCCUUCUUCAUCUCUUCCGGUUGACACAACAGCACAGUCUACUAUCAUCACCGGCGGAACAGCGACAAAGUCGAUACCCGCCUCUCAAACUACCGAGGGCCCUAUCAUCAUCACCAACGCUGUGACCAACGGAGACUUUGGAGGUUACGACCCUUCCGCUGACGGCGGCAUCUAUGCCUUCCAAGCAGGCGGCAACGCCAAACUUCUCCAAGGCCCCGGACAUCCGGGCCCAAGUGAAGAAAGGAACUGCGUCCAGCUCAAGACGAGUCCCACCCGCAAGCGGCAAACACCUCCCGAAAACCCGUGGAUCCAGCAGCAGCUUGAACAGCUAGAGCCUAGCGAUUACACCGUUCGCUUCUGGUACGCCGUUGUCAAGAACGAUUUGGCUGAUACAUGCCGUAUCGAGGGUUACUACGGUGGCGAGCAGUUUGGCGCAACUCCUUACUUUCCUGUUGUUAGCGAUAAUGGUGAUAAGUGGCUGGAGUUUGUCGAUAACAUGGCUGUUACGACAGACAGUGGAAUGAUCCGAUUUGAACUCGUCUGCAUCAAUGGAGGCUCAGCGGAAGCUUACUUUGACCAGGUCUUUGUGUCUAACAAGAUUGGUGAUGAAUGGGUUGAUGGUAUUUCACUGUUCUUCCCUACUUCUAAGCAUGCGGCUACUGUUGGUCCAGUCCAGACUAGCACGGCUCUUCCUGUUGACACUGCUGUUACGAGCAGCAACGACGCUGAGACUUUAGAUAUCCCUGCAACCCAGUCGUCGGAAGCACCCACUACCACGGAUGAAGCUUCAGUAACCGACAAGGCGACUGACACAACCUCGAUAACUGCAACAUCCUCUACUCCUACCAGUACAGAUGAUGAAGUUACUCCAUCCGGUCCCAAGGUCUGCGCAAAACUCGGAGCUGGCGCUGCUGGUCGAGGCUGCGCCAAGAGACCAUACAGCAGUAAGCAGGGCUAUAAACGAUUCGGCGGAAGCAAGAUCACCAAGGAGCAAUGCGCUGCUCUCUGUCUUGCAGACACAAAAUGUCUGAGUUUCGAGUGGCUCUACUACGGUAGCGGCUGCGCAAACACAUGUAAUCUCUUUGCCACGGAAUUAGGCGACAUACCUACCAACGGAGGUUCCGACGCUGCUUGGGCCUACGACCGAACCUGCAUUCAAGUGGACGAGUGCUCUGAACAACCUGCUGGAACUGUGUGUGUUAACGUCAACGCUGAUACCUCCGCCAAGUCGUGUACUCAGAUGCAAGGUGUAGCCAAGGCGUGUGCUAAACCAUUCCUCACAGCUCCCACCAGGGGAGCUUGCGGUCUUACUAACGAGUGUCGCGAUCUUUGCGCCAAGUAUCCUUCGUGCAAGUCUUACUCAGCUACUUUUGGAAGCUGUAGUCUGUACGAUGCUAGGUCUUCCGAGGUUGCGGAGCCUGCGAAUGCGUAUAGUUUCUUUUACGACAUGGACUGUCAUGCUUGUGGAGCAGGCAAUGCUUACUUUGACUACAUUACUCGUGGUCAAGAUCCAGACAACAUGCCUAAGUGGACAUGUCCCUCCGAAGAGAAGAAGACGACUUCGACUCUGGCUGCCUCGACAACUGAUAAGCCGGCUGUUGUAACAACUUCCAGUGCGGAAGCAACCACCAGUGCAGGCCCAACAGAAAAUGACAACACAGCGACAACAACCGCGCCUACCACUACUAUCGCAUCUCCUUCUGCUACGACUUCAAUCUGCCCCAACGGCGUUCCAUCCCCAGGCCUCUGCUUUAGCGCCAACCCAGCGCCAUCAAAGGCUCUCUGUGGAAAACGUGGAUGGCCCCAAUUUAUCGACGCCUACGGCUAUGGCCUUGACGACCGCCCCAACCAGCGCUCAGUCGAAGAUUGCGCCCUCAUCUGCAAAACUGAUCACGGAUGCUUGGCUUUUGGCUUCGACGACAGCCAGCCUAGACUCAAGUGUCUGCUCAGUUCAUCCGACUUGGAGGAUGCUUCCGUCGAUGAGAACUCUGGUAGUAAUGCUAUGUGGUACGAUAUCAAGUGCAUGGACUGCAAGGUGUGCGGUGAGGAAGAAAAUGAUCCUACGCCUUCACCACCUGAGCUGGGCUGCGAGGUUCUGAGUAUCAAUGCUGGCUGCAGAUAUAAGGAGAAUGGCGAGUGGCCCAUUGGUAACAAUGGAAGGGGAGUUACUGGCUAUACCUGUCACAGCAACGGAAAGGUUACACUCGGAGAACCCUUUUCAGCAGAUACCGCAACCUGGCCACGACAAGGGUCUGAGAUCCAGUGCACGGAGACAUGCUUGCAACUCGAGAACUGCAAGUCUUCGGCGUUCAACAGAGACACUCUCCGCUGCGAGUUCUUUAGCACCUCUCUUCAAGACGCCGGGUAUAGGUUCCGCGACGGUAGUAAUGUGUGGUAUAACGACAACGCAUGCUUUGACUGCUCAGGACUGUGCAAGGAACCUCAGCGAGAGGAACAUACUGGGACUGAGAGCGUUCCUUUCUUCCCUCCGCCUACCGAGGCUCCUACGACUAUGAGGACCUCUACCCGCCCUGCGGGCGAAGAACCUCCAACCAGAACUACGUCCGCUGUCAGCGAGGUGACUACAUCAAGCGCCCCACAACCCGAGCCAACAGUUUGCGCAGUACCCUUGGCUUCUCUCAACGACAGUGUUACGUGCGGUCUCCCAGGCGUGAGCAACGCAGCACAAUCCAAACAGAUCGACGGCUACUUGAUCAAGGUUACAGGAACAUUGGAGAAAUGCGCUCUUGAGUGUCUGAAGAUUUCUGAAUGCAAAGGCUUUGUCUUCCAGAAGGACACUACCAAGUGCAAUGUUUUUACAGCUGGAACUGCUGAGCUGGAGUUGAUUUAUCAUCCCCCAUCGGCUGAUCGGUUUUAUGAUAGGGAUUGCUUCAAGUGUGGAUCUUGA